AUAAUAUGGGCAAGCAAUACUGAGUAUACUUGGGUUAACAUGGUUUCUGUUAACCUCAUACUUUGGAGAAUUUUAAAUGCCAUCAGUGUAUUUUUUAAUAUUCAAGUUUUUUUCUAAAGAUUCAACUAGGCUAAACCAUCUUGAAAGACUGCAAAGCAAAAUUUAAAUUGUACAGCAUAUCUAAAAAUCAAGAACAAUGUGUUCCCCUAGUCAGGACAUCAUACUCUUGUUUGAUGUUGAUGGAACUCUAACAGCUCCCAGGAAGGCAAUAGAGCCCAAAAUGGCAGAGUUCAUGGCCAGUGUCCGUAGCAAUGCCACAUGUGGGAUUGUUGGUGGCUCUGAUUUGGCCAAGAUUGCAGAACAGCUGGGAGGAAUGGAAGAGACAUUGAAAUAUCCAUUUGUGUUUGCUGAGAAUGGUCUGGUUGCUUAUCAUCAUGGACAGUUAAAAGCUAAACAGUCAAUUGAAGCUCACAUGGGAGAGAAGGCUCUUCAGCAAUUCAUUAAUUUCUCUCUGGAUUACAUGGCUAAGCUUGAACUCCCUGCCAAAAGAGGAACUUUUGUUGAAUUCAGGUCUGGCUUGAUCAACCUGUGUCCUGUGGGACGGAGCUGCUCUCAGGAGCUGCGUGAUCAAUUUGCUGUGUAUGAUAAGGAGCACAAAGUGCGGGAAAAAUUUGUUGCUGCGCUACGUGAAAAGUUUCCUGAUCUGGGCCUUACUUUCAGCAUAGGUGGACAGAUAAGCAUAGAUGCUUUCCCUACAGGCUGGGACAAAACUUAUUGUCUGCAAUUCAUCGAGAAAGACUUCAAGUCAAUACAUUUCUUUGGUGACAAGACUUCACCUGGUGGCAACGAUUAUGAAAUCUUCUCAGACCCCAGAACCAUCGGCCACACCGUCUCUAGCCCUGCUGACACUCGACUACAAGUGUCUCAGCUGCUGCAGUUGUGAUAAGUUUUCGUGCUGACACUGGACUGCAUAUGUCCGAGCUGCUGCAGUUGUGAUGAGUUGUCGUGCUGACACUCGACUACAAGUGUCUCAGCUGCUGCAGUUGUGAUGAGCUGUCGUGCUGACACUCGACUGCAAGUGUCUCAGCUGCUGCAGUUGUGAUGAGCUGUCGUGCUGACACUGGACUGCAUAUGUCCGAGCUGCUGCAGUUGUGAUGAGUUGUCAUGCUGACACUCGACUGCAUAUGUCCGAGCUGCUGCACUUAUGAGGAGCUGUCGUGCUGACACUUGCCAGCAAGUGUCUCAGUUUCUGCAGUUGUGCAGAGUUUUUCCUAUUUUUAUAUCACUGUUCAGUGUUCAUGCCAGUGUUUGACCUCUCACUUGCUGACAUCAAAUUUCAUUCACUUUAUGUUGAAAACGAGCCAUCGUUGUUGACUCAGUUGUAGAACCUCAUGUAUUGCUCGUACUCUUGUCACUUGUUGAAAAAAUUUUGUUGGUUCUUAUUUAUGGAAAAUUACUUCGGCAGAAAACAUUACACACAGUUUCGUGGACCAAAUUGUUGGUUGUUUAUCUUGUCCCACAUUCACUGUGCACCAAGUUACUCUUUUACGAUAAUGAUGAAAUCCUCAAGAUUUUAUGUUCAUUUAAUCGAUUGUCCACAGUGAAAGCAUCUUCAUAAAACUAAUUUAUUCAUGUCAUUAUUUUACUUAAACUUAACGAUUGCAAUAUCUUUGAUUUAAAAUUUCCUCCAUUACACCAUCGUCCUUGAGCUUUUGGGUUUUUAAGCGAGAAGUUUAAAGUUUAAGUUUGAAUUUUGUGGCGUGCUUCAUUUAUUAGCGCUGCUUCACUGAUCUCUUUGAUCAAGCUUGCCUUGAUAGAUUAGUUCAGAAAUGAUAACGAAUGAGGUGUCUAUUUUCGUGUGUACAUAGUUGCAUAUGUAUGAAACCUAAAUCAACUAAAAUAGAGAAUACUUUUCAUACUACCGUACUAAACACUAGUUGUUGAUAACUUGUUUUGUAAAUCCUGAUUUUACUAAAAAAGGAUUAUUUAUAAAAUUGUUUGUGUAAUUUGCUUAUGCUGCGUGGAGGUUUUCAUUCUACAUCAAACGAGUCGAAUUCUUUAAACUUCGGAUCUCGUGAAUCAGUUUAUCAGUUAUCUAUUGCUGAAAAAUUUCCUUGUUAUCUUACAUUUUGUGCGUGCAAUAUAUUAUAUAAUCGAUGAG